AACAUCUCCCGACGAAGAGAGAGAUGUGCACACUCUAUAUGACUAUGGCGAAGAUCAUUCUCCUCCUCGUCCUUGCGCCCUUUUGCAUGGCUGCCGCAAGCACGGACUGCCGUGGUGUGCCGGCGCUGGAUGGGUCUUCUGCCUGCGGCGAGUCAUGCAGCACGAAGCUGUUGCAAGAUCUAUGCAUCGACGUGAUGAUCUGGGGCGGCGUCGAAAUAUCCGGGUCGCACAAGGAGGGCGCCACCGGAUACGUGAUCCUCGCCGCGCGGUUUGCCGUGGAAUCCUUGGAUGCCACACAACUCGCCGCGAGGAACCAGCUGAGCCAGAACACCUCGCUCUCUGGCCAGGUGAGGGACGCCUACGAGGGAUGCCUGAAUGACUAUGCCACGGUGAGAAGCUCCAUCAACCGCGUCGCCAACGAGAUGCUGCCCAAUUGCCGCUUCGCGGGGGUCGCCGACGAGUUCGCCCGUGGGGUGAAGAGCUUGGAGAGCUGCUGGAUCCGGCUGAUGCGACCGCCUGUGAAGUCGACACCGUUGUACAACUUGGUCUGGGCCGACCGAUACAAACUACUGCUAAUUCACUUACUUGAUGGUAAACUACUAGGCAUAUGAGCGUAUACGACGGACCUAGAGGCCGUACGUACACAAAAAGGAGCAAUCAAUAAAAUAUGCGGGGUUUGGCCGCACCGUUACA